AUGCUAUCGGUCCCCGUUUCGGUGCCACCGAGCGAGCGGCUGUCGGUGCAAUCGGCGUGCGAGGCGCGGCGGCAGUACCUCGCCACCCAUGUCGCCCAACUGUAUGCCAACACAAACCCGGCUGAGCUGUGGAGCAAAAUUGUGAAGUUCCGCGAGCAGAAGGAUGCGGACUCUGGUGACUCGUUGGAGUCCUACGACGAGCUGAGGCUGUCGUACGAUGGAUACAGAAACAUGGUGCACAGCCUCAUCUUUCACAUUACCCCGGAGGAGGAAAAGACGGCACCCGCAAAGGAACGUGAGGCUCGCAAACGUUUGUAUUUUAACCACCCGUUCCUUUCGCCGUCUACGUUUCUCGCAUUUGUGCGGGCUGAGGAUGGAACAAUUCCCGCCGUCCCUUUGUACGCCUUUGCGGCGAAGCGACUGCUGCUCUACCGCCUGCGCAUCGAGCUGGAGCUGGUGGCGCGAGUGCCGCCGCCGUCGCUUCAGGACCCCGCCGCUCGCGUGACGAGCCGCCUGCUAUGCCCGCCAAGCGCGUCGUCGCCGCUGUCGAACGGGCUCACGCAGGAGAAUAUAGAGAGCUUCCUGUGCGAGCUGGUGCCAAACCUGCGGCUUGUGCGGGAUAUGCCACCAUGGAUGCAGCCGUACUAUCUCUGCCACGCCUCGCGAAAGUUCAUGUUCAUGUGCGAUACGCGGCGCACCGGGGCGAUCUCCAUCGAGCGCAUGAUGAAGAGCGAUGUCUUUUCGGAGCUGCUGCGGAUGUUCGAGAGUGACGCGCACGACGCAAUCACGGUCUUCCCGGAAGGCUGCACAGUGGACGUGGCCAUGACGCUUGUGGCGGCAGACGCCGCCGAGGACGACACUGUUCCGGCGCUCGUGAUCUCGUUCGAGGGCGAGGGCAACGACCCCGACGACAUGUACACAGUGAAGACACUGACGGAGGACGCGGUGCUGAAUGUCCGCCGCUGUCAGUUGUACUGGAACUCCGGUGCAAUGGAGUUUCUCACGCCUGAUGUGCUCAGCAUGGACAACUGGUUCUCACUGGCGCUCAUGAGCCGUAUCUACGAACACUUCACGAGUCUUGAUCUUGAUGGCGACGGUGUUUUGACAGCCGACGAACUCUCACGCUACAGCGACGCGAGCUUCACGCGGCUUGUGAUUGAUCGCACCUUUGAGUGUCACGUCCCGCAAAACGGCAGGCGGCACAUCAUGGAUUACAAGACGUACCUAGACUUUGUCAUUGCAACCGAGCAUGCCGCCACGCUGCCGGCGAUGAAGUAUAUUUGGAGCAUCCUCGACCUAGAGGAGACCAAGUCAUUUGUGACGGUCGAGACACUGCGGUGUUUCUGCAAGGAAAUCGCCAACGAGCUCAUCGUAAACGGCCUCAUGACGGACAUCUCCGCGCAGUCGAUUCUCUCGGAGGUGAUUGACAUGAUUAACCCCAAGUGGCACGAGUGGGUCGAGCUAGAAGACAUUGUGCGGUCCGGCCACCAGGCUACUGUUCUACCGAUUCUUCUGAGCUACCGUAACUUCUACGCGUAUGACUGCCGUGAGCAGACCGCGGCCGCCGCCAACGAUGAGUAUGCGUAG